AUUUAUUUUUAGUCUUAGUUAUAAAUUGUAUUAAAAACAUAUGAACCAACAGGUGUAAGUAAUUAAAUUUUAUUCGUGAAAACCUCUAUACUUGUGGUUCGUGAUCGCUUCACAGCCCGUGAAAAGAUGUGAAAUAUAGUCAAGAAAUGUCCAAAGAAGGUUAUAGUUCCGAAAAGAAAGAAGGUGAAAAUAAAGUUUUGCUCUUAGAAAGAUUGCAAACGUAUCUGAAAGACAAGAAGAGUUCGGACGUCGCCGAAGCGGGGCUCAGUUACAGCAAACCGAGCACUAGUUACGAGCACGACCAUCCGCCACCAUUCCUCGAGGAAUCCACCAACAUAUUGAGAGACGUGCUGAACCACAAGAAGGCGGAACUGCUGCGGCAACCGGAAAUAGUAGCUUUUUUACAAUCUGUCUCUUCUGACUUGAAGAAAUAAUUAAUAAAGAUGGCUGUCGCAGCGCAGAAGAGCAUUGCAUCGCUGAUGCGCAAGACGCUGGACCGGCAGGAGGCUACGGCACGCAUCAACUUUAGAUUCAAGGAGCGACAAGUCGAGAAGAUUAUCCUACGUGUAGUUAAAGAUGGAAACUCUGUCCCUUACACAGAGCUAGUCAAAGUGCUGAGAGACUAUCCUCUAAAUGACGAUAACUACAAAAUCUUAAUAGAGGAUUGCUUGACGUGUGUGAUGUUAUUAGGACGCGAGUUUAAGCAGUUUUUAGCACUGGUGUGUAAAGUGGACUGGUUGGGGCGUAGUGAGGAGCAUGUGGAGCUGUUUGGCCGUUUCACGCUAAACCUGGUGACGGCACACACAUACCACUGCCCUAUGGUGCUAACUAAUUUAGUAACACGAUUUAAAGCUAAUGGUGACAAUUGGAACGAGCAUCCACCAGCUGAGACUGUAAAAUUAUGGUCCCACAUACACUCCCUUAUUGCACAAAUAGUUGCAACAAUGCCUAUGACCAGUGAUCUGCUAAUGCAGAUUGUGACAGAACAGUUCCCAUACUACAAAGCUGGGUGUUUCCCUAAUAGAGCAUAUAUACACAAUCUGAUCUGGAUGACCAAGUACCUUCCAUCUCUUAGGGAACAUAUUAUGACAGCUAUAGUUAUUAGAAUGGUAGAAAUGGACUCGAACAUAGUAGACCGAGCGAAGAACAAGCAGCCAGAGUUGAUGUUUGAAAUGGAGACGGACGAGAAAGACGAGCUAGCCUCAACACUGGAUUACUGCAUGCUGGAGAUGCUGCGGUGGCUGGAGGAUGAGCGGGAUCCAGUACUGUUCACUAUCUGUAACGUGUUCGAGAGGAUUGUGCUGCCUACACAUGGCAUCAAGCACGUCCAGUUCCUCCUGCUGUACGCGACGUCGAUCAGCCAGGCGUGCGCCGACCGGGUGCUGGAGCGGCUGUGGGCGGCGGCGGCGGGCGCGGGGCUGGCGGGCGGCGCGCCGGCCUCGCGCCGCACGGCCGCCGCGCACCUCGCGGGGCUGCUGGCGCGCGCCGUGCGAGUGCCCAACACCAGACUGAUCCACUAUUUGAGAAACAUGUCGGAAUGGUGCCACUCGUACAUAACGGCGACGCAGGAAACCACGUCCAACGACAACACGAAAGUUCACGGCGCCUUCCACGCGAUCUGCCACUCGAUAUUCUAUCUUGUGGCCUUUAAACAUCAUCAUCUGUUCGCUAGCAAAGAGAAUGUAAACUUUGUAGAAUCCCUAAACCUGCCUCGCCUGGUAACCUGCAACCUGAACCCCCUCCGCACCUGUCCCCCACAAGUGACCCGCGGUUUCGCGUCGGUCACCAGGUCUCACCAGGUCGUCUACUGCCAAUCUAUCAUUGAGAAGAACAGUCGGGUGACACUCCAAGCCAGCAAUGUCCAGGAGUAUGAUGAUUGGUUCCCGUACGACCCUUAUAUGCUGCCUGUGUCCGGUAAAAUGGUCUGGCCCCUCUGCGUAGAAUACAAGGAUUGGGGCAGAGACAACGUGGUCGAAACCCAAUACUCCGGCAUGAAACGGAAGCUAGAAGAGGAUGAUGACUUCCUUAUGACCGCCAGUCCCUCGCAGAAACUAGCUAGCUCCCUGUCAAAUUGCAUUUCACCUGGAUUUAGGACGAGUGAGAGUGUCAUGUAAAUAUGUCAUUCCGCAGCAUUCUCAUUCCCCUGGCUAUACCUAUUCGAAAAUUCC